AUGGUGUAAAUCAGAAUCGGCGAUUUAGGUCUCGCUUUAACAUUAAAAACUGAUUAUACAAGUAGUGUUUUAGGCACACCAGAAUUUAUGGCACCGGAAAUUUAUGAGGAAAAAUAUGGAACACCUGUUGAUAUUUAUGCAUUUGGAAUGUGUUUAUUAGAAAUGGCUACUUUAGAAGUUCCUUAUAAAGAAUGUCGAUCUCCAGCCCAACAUUUUAACAUUCGCAAACGAAAAGGCAAAUGA